CGGGACAAAAGGCAGAGCUGGGUUAGGGAUGGUGCAUUUCAAACAGGCUCCUGACAAUCCCUGCCUUGCCUUGGAAGAAGCCUCUCAUCCCCACCCCACCAAACCCAAACCAAACUGCUGUCCUGUGCCUGUUUGCAGCAGGUUCUGGGAAAGGCUCUGCAGCUUUUUCUACAUGAACUCACCUUGUUCUGUCCUAAAACCUCUCAGCAGCACUCACUGAGCUCUGCACCCAGAGCUCAGCCCUAACACAGCUCUGGCAGAAACUGGGGUUUUUCUCUCCAUCUUUUCUGCAUGAUGGAAUGAGGGAGAACAGGAAUCUCAGGGGAAUUUCUGGGUGAGCCCGAAGCAGAACGUGUGUGUGGCUCCAGGAGCUCAGGGAUCACAGGCAGGAUCCUUCUCCAGCCUCUGAGUGCAGGAACUGGAUGUCACAGCAGCCAGACACCAGUGAUCGUGAUAUUAAGAGCUUAUGUAAAAAAAACCUCAUGUCAUUUAGGCCAAUUAACAUCAAAUACAUCAAAUACUUUGAUUAAUUAUGAAGUCAUGUAGGGAGUGAGACCUGAGCAACCUGCUCUAGGGAAGGUGCCCCUGCCUUGGGUGGAACUGGAUGAUCCAGAAGAUCCUUCCAACCCAAACCAGUCUGAGAUUCCAUGAAAAGACCAAAAAAAAAGCUACAGAAAGCAUUUCCUGCCAUUGGGUAUUUGCAUGAUGGAUGGGUGUUCUGGUGAAGGAAGUGAUAUUUGACUUAUUUAAGGAAUAUUCCCACAUUAUUCCUCUUGGCCAACCGGAGCGGGGCUCGCGUGACUCGUUUACAAAUAUUUAACGAGUGUUUUAAGGUAGACUCUGUAAUCCAGCUGAAAAGCAGGUUGCCAAGGAGACUCUCACCUAGCACGAGUUCUCCAAAAAUCCCAAAGCUCCCUCAGUAGUCGGUGCUGGCAGGCUGGCAGGGCUGGGGAGCAGGAAGGGAGCUCCACAGAGGCGCCAUUCAGCAGCCCCAGAUGGGCUGAGCUCAUGAAUUAAAGAUUCUCCUGGCUGGGGUGGGGUGGCUGCUGCGGGCCCACAAUGGCAUCAUUCACAUCAUUCACAUCAUUCACAUCAUUCACAUCAUUCACAUCACUCACAUCAUUCACGCUGCCCUGGCUCCUUUCUCCCCUGGACACUCUGAUACGCUGAGGGAAGUGCCCCAUCCAUCCACCCCACGGGGAAAUGGGGCGUGUGGGGAAACAUUCCCGAGGUGGCAGACAGCUGGGAGAGGAAUUCCUGCAAAUGACCCCAAACAAAAGCUCAGGCAACACUUUUUUAUUCCUUUGAGACCCUUUUGUGGCCCUGCUUUGCUCUCUUCGUGGCACCCAAUCCUGCUACAGUUUAAAAGAGUCUUUACAAGGAUGCCCAAACAGCAGCCAGUGCCUGAAAAUUCACAUUUGAGUAAGGAAAACCAGGGAGAACUUCCCUUCUGCACAAUCCCCGUGCUUGGGAUGAGGAAAGACAGCUGGACAGAGGAAAAAACGGCACAAAAAUAAAAGUUCUAACAUGAGUUGGUGUUAAAGCUGAGCCAAGUUCAAGCCUGGGCUCUAGUACAGAGCCCAAAGCCCUGGUUCAGUAGCAGGCUCUGUCACCAUCUCACACACAAUCCCAGACUGGGAUAAAAACAACCUUUUCCAGUAACACAUUUUCCAGUGGGAACUCCAUCAGAAACCUCCAGCUGCACUCCAGUCUGAGUUGUUCCUGCAGCUGGAAUGAGGAGUGAGGCUGAGAACCUUCAGCUGCCCCAGAAGCCCCGAGUGCCUGGGCUGGGAGGCUCUGGAGAUCCCCCAGGGCAGGGUGAGCUGCAGCAGGUGACACAGGGAUGUGUCCACACAGGGACACUCCAGGCUCCCCUGGGCAGCUGUUCCAGGCUCUUCCUCCUGCUCAGCUGCAGCUGCUGCCUUCUGCUCUGUGGCCACUGCUCCUUGGCUCCUGGCUCUGGGCAGGGUGUGGCCCCUUCUCCUGGCCCAGCUGGAGAGAUUUGUGUGGAUGGAUGGGAUCCCCUCUGAGCCUUUCCCUUCUCCAGACUGGCCAGGCCCAGCUCCCGCAGUCUCUGCUCACCAGAGACGCUCCAGAGCCCUCAACAUCUCUGUGGCCUCUGCUGGAGCCUCUCCUGCAGUGUCCCUGCUCAGGAGAUCAGCUGGAAUCCAGGGAGGUGCUUCUGGCUGUGACAAUCCCCAAUAUCCAGCACCUGUUCCUGUGCUGCUGCCAAGGUGCUGCACAAGCACCUGAUGGUCCCUCAUACACACCUCAGUGUGCUACAGCUGCAUCUCCAGCACAGAACUUCCUUUCAGCAGGAAUUUCCCCAUGGAAAGGGGGCUCAGGCCUUGGCAGGGGCUGCCCAGAAAGGUUUGGAGUGUCCAGGAAAGGUCUGGAGUGCCCAGGAAGGUUUGGAGUGCCCAGGAAGGUUUGGAGUGCCCAGGAAAGGUUUGGAGUGCCCAGGAAAGGUUUGGAGUGUCCAGGAAAGGUCUGGAGUGCCCAGGAAGGUUUGGAGUGCCCAGGAAAGGUUUGGAGUGCCCAGGAAAGGUCUGGAGUGUCCAGGAAAGGUCUGGAGUGCCCAGGAAGGUUUGGAGUGCCCAGGAAAGGUCUGGAGUGCCCAGGAAGGUUUGGAGUGCCCAGGAAGGUUUGGAGUGCCCAGGAAAGGUUUGGAGUGCCCAGGAAGGUUUGGAGAGCCCAGGAAAGGUUUGGAGAGCCCAGGAAAGGUUUGGAGUGUCCAGGAAAUGUUUGGAGAGCCCAGGAAAGGCUUGGAGUACCCAGGAAAGGCUUGGAGUACCCAGGAAAGGUUUGGAGUGCCCAGGAAAGGUCUGGAGUGCCCAGGAAGGUUUGGAGUGCCCAGGAAGGUCUGGAGUGUCCAGGAAAGGUCUGGAGUGCCCAGGAAGGUUUGGAGUGCCCAGGAAAGGUCUGGAGUGCCCAGGAAGGUUUGGAGUGCCCAGGAAGGUUUGGAGUGCCCAGGAAAGGUUUGGAGUGUCCAGGAAAGGCUUGGAGUGCCCAGGAAAGGUUUGGAGUGCCCAGGAAAGGUCUGGAGUGCCCAGGAAGGUUUGGAGUGCCCAGGAAAGGUUUGGAGUGCCCAGGAAGGUUUGGAGAGCCCAGGAAAGGUUUGGAGUGCCCAGGAAGGUCUGGAGUGCCCAUCCCUGGAGGUGUCCACCCUCAGUGACCUGGGCUGGGGACAAGGUGGGGAUUUGGACAUUGGACUCCAUGUGCUGAGAGGGCUUUUCCAACCUCAGGGAUUCAGGGAUUCCUCCCUGAACAGAAGCAGCAAAGCUUCAAGCGCCAUUAGAAAUUCUGGGUAGGCAAAGCUCCACCAACAGGCCCAGGUUUCCCACACUCAGCACUGCUCAGCUCAAACACAAAUAAAUGUGUUUUGCCUGAAAUGUAACACCCUCCAGUCUGCAGCACUGAUUCCUGUCAACACUCACCAUAUCCCUGCUCCUUCCCUGCAAGGGAAAGCCAGGCACAGUGUGCAGUGGCAGCAAGGAGGUUUUUCUGCUUUAAUUAUUCCACUAAAUAUCCACAAUGACAGGUGAAAAGACCGAAUUUAACCACCAGGAAGCCAAGGGGAAAAUCGGUAUGCACAUUUUUAAAAAGGGAAAUGUCAUAUGCCUCAAAAGGGAGGAAAAAAACCAACUUCCCUGUCACUAAUGGAAUAUAUCCCCCAAAGAAAGAAUCUGCAGGGAACCUUUCCAAAAGAGAUGGGUCCAUUUCCUGAGCUGCCAAUCAAACACAAACUGAGAUGGUGGAGGAUGUGGAGCAAUCCAGAAAUUCCUGCUGACAUCCUGCUCCAAGAGAAGUCCCCAUCUUGUCAAACUCCAUCAGUGUGAUCAGGGGGAGCUCUGGAUUGCAAAGGAGGUUUUCCAUGGAGAGGGUGGCCUGGCUCCCCAGGGAUGUGGCCAUGGCACCAGAGCCCAGGGAAUGCCUGCAUGAUGCUCAUUGUUUAGUUUCAGCUGCUGGGAGGAGCAGGAGCUGGACCUCAUGCCCCUUCCAGCCUGAGACAGGAUUCCAUUAAUGCCAAAUGGGGGUGUAAUUCCAUUAAAUUCACACAGAAGGGCAAAUGUGGAAGUCCCUGGAAUUAUCAAUCAACAAAAUCCAGGUUGAAUCUUCAACCCAUCCAUAGCAACUGUCUGCUCUCAACAAUGAGGCAGCAAAAAAACAGAAAAAAGGAAAUUAAAAAGUGGCAAUUCUGGCAAAGAUGAGAUUUUGAGUCAUCUUUCAGCCAGAGAUGAAGCACUUCCCCAAAGCCUCUGGCCCUACACGUGAUACAACUGCUCGUAAUUCCUGAGUAAUCCAGGCCCAGACAGCUCCUCUCCAUGUCCUGACCUCACUCCUCCCCUCUCCUGGAGCUGCUGCUGCCUUCCCAGCUCAGGCAAACCCAUCAUCAUCACCACAAAGCCAGGCUGCCUCUCCUGAGCAUCCCCCUUCCAGGGCUCCCCCAUUCCCUCAGAAUGCUCCCAAAAACCUGAGCCAUCUCCUUGGACCCCACUCCUCACCGGGGUCAGGGGGAGGGCAGGCAGGGCUGGCUCCCUCCCCUAGGGAAGGAAAGCUUCCACCCCUUCCACCCUUUCCAGGGAAAAGCUGUUCCCAGGUCAGAUACAAUCCAUGUGGGAAUGAUGAGGGAGCAAAGCCAGGAUCCCCCCAGUGUGCUGCUUAUGGAAUAGAGGAAACACUGCACGGAGGAGGAAAGGGCUCCCAUGCCCCUGUGGGAAGGAAUGAUGGAUUCCAGCUGAAGGAGAAGGACACAAAGGAGAGGAAAGGAGAGGAAGGGAGCUGCUGGUUUUGCAGAUGUUGGCACACAGAUCUUUGCAGUGAGAGA